UUUAGUAAAAGUUACUAUACGGCCUAAUUAUGAGUGAUCAGAUCAAAUUCAUUGUGGACAAGCUCAAUAAGGAUCCUUUUAGGAAGAACUAUAAUUUAAUCACCUUUGAUUCCCUGGAGCCAAUGCAGCUAUUACAAGUGCUCAAUGAUGUUCUGGCAGAGAUUGACCCAAAGCAAGUUGUUGAUAUUAGAGAGGAGAUGCCAGAACAGACAGCCAAACGGAUGUUGGGCCUGCUUGGUAUCCUUAAAUACAAGCCUCCAGGAAAUGCCACAGACAUGAGUACCUUUCGUCAGGGUCUGGUGAUAGGAAGUAAACCUGUAAUUUACCCAGUGCUCCACUGGCUUCUUCAGAGGACUAACGAGCUGAAGAAAAGAGCAUAUUUAGCUCGUUUUUUAAUAAAACUUGAAGUACCAAGUGAAUUUCUCCAGGAUGAAACUGUGGCUGACACCAAUAAACAGUAUGAAGAAUUGAUGGAAGCCUUCAAAACUUUGCAUAAAGAGUGCGAGCAACUUAAAACAUCUGGAUUUUCCACAGCAGAAAUAAGAAGGGAUAUCAGUGCAAUGGAGGAAGAAAAAGAUCAGCUCAUUAAGAGAGUUGAACGUUUGAAGAAAAGGGUGGAGACCGUUCAGAACCAUCAGCGAAUGCUUAAAAUAGCAAGGCAACUUCGAGUUGAAAAGGAGAGAGAAGAAUUUCUUGGACAGCAGAAACAAGAACAAAAGAAUCAGCUCUUCCAUGCAGUGCAGAGACUGCAGAGGGUCCAAAACCAGCUGAAAAGUAUGCGCCACGCGGCAGCAGACGCAAAACCUGAAAGCUUAAUGAAGAGGCUAGAGGAGGAGAUAAAGUUUAAUUCAUACAUAGUAACUGAAAAAUUUCCCAAGGAGUUAGAAAACAAGAAAAAAGAAUUGCAUUUUUUACAAAAAGUGGUUUCAGAGCCAGCGAUGGGCCAUUCUGAUCUUCUUGAACUUGAAUCUAAGAUAAAUGAAAUAAAUGCAGAAAUCAAUCAGCUGAUUGAAAAGAAAAUGAUGAGAAAUGAGCCAAUUGAAGGCAAACUCUCACUUUAUCGGCAGCAGGCGUCCAUCAUUUCUCGAAAGAAAGAAGCCAAAGCUGAGGAACUUCAGGAGGCCAAGGAGAAGUUAGCAAGCCUCGAGAGAGAGGCGUCUUUGAAAACGGAUCAGACCCGAGAGUUUGACGGUGCUGAGGUUGUGAAAGGAGAGGAGUUCAAACGAUACGUCAAUAAACUUCGAAGUAAAACUACCGUUUUCAAAAAGAAGCAUCAGAUAAUAGCUGAAUAUAAAGCGGAAUUCGGUCUCUUACAGAGGACAGAGGAACUUCUUAAGCAACGUCAUGAGAAUAUCCAGCAUCAACUGCAAACCAUUGAGGAGAAAAAGGGUGUAUCCGGAUACAGUUACACCCAAGAGGAGCUGGAGAGAGUGUCAGCGCUGAAGAGCGCAGUGGAUGAGAUGAAGGGCCGGACCCUCGAUGACAUGUCCGAGAUGGUUAAAAAACUGAACUCACUGGUGUCUGAAAAGAAGUCAGCUCUAGCCCCAGUUAUAAAAGAACUACGGCAGCUGCGACAGAAAUGCCAGGAACUAACCCAGGAGUGUGAUGAAAAGAAAUCCCAGUAUGAUAGCUGUGCAGCAGGCCUUGAGAGCAACCGAUCCAAGUUAGAACAGGAAGUCAGAGGACUUCGUGAAGAAUGUCUUCAGGAAGAAAGUAAAUACCAUUAUACAAAUUGUGUAAUUAAGAACCUGGAAGUACAACUUCGCCGUGCUACUGAUGAGAUGAAGGCGUACGUCUCUUCUGACCAGCAGGAAAAAAGAAAAGCAUUCAGGGAACAGUAUACCAAACAGAUCGCUGAACAGGAGAACCUUGGGAAGAAACUCCGGGAAAAACAGAAAAGCGUACGAGAAAGUCAUGGUCCAAACAUGAAACAAGCAAAAAUGUGGCGUGAUUUGGAACAACUGAUGGAAUGUAAGAAGCAGUGCUUUCUGAAACAGCAAAGCCAGGCUGCCAUUGGUCAGGUAAUCCAGGAGGGAGGCGAGGACCGGCUGGUGCUCUGAAUUCAUGUGUCACCUUUUGGGGUUUUAAUUACUGUUAUUAGGGAUCAACACACUACCAUGGUGCAUAUCAGUCCUUGAAAGUAAUUUGUAUAACUUUUUCUUUCAGAUUAGCCCUUCCUUGAAAUGUCAAGCUAAGGUAGAUUUCAGUUGUAAAGUGUUUAGCACAUAAAUGAAAGUUCCUUUGUUUUGCUUAGUUUAGACAUCAGUGGUGUCCUCUGAGUUUUUAUGAGACAGGAGACUAAGUUUAAUGUCUGUCUGUGUAAACAUAUGCUCAUUAAGAAGCAUGUAAGUUUUUAAAACAGUAAUAACCCAAUGGCUUAAUGUUUCUCUUAAUCUUUUUUUAACUUCAGAGGAGUGUUUUAGGAAGUAGUAGCUCUUGUUUUGAAGAAACAUUUAUCUGAAGUUCAGCAAUUCCUACAGUUUCACUUCAGUUUCUUUUCCUUCUGUUAAAUCGGGAAAAUUUAAUAUUU